AUGGUUUUCGUUUUGGGCGUCAAUUUCGCAGAGACCAAGCUGGUCAAGAAGGCACUCGAGUCUUUCUACGGCCUCGGCUCUCAACUUUCAGAACGCAUCAUGGCCAAAUACUCGAUACACAACCUCGCAACCAUGGGCUCAUUGGCGCCCAGAACCAUCACUUCGCUGACGGCCGAGCUGGGCCAAAUGCCCAUCGAGAGCGACGCGAGAAAAUCGCUACAGGAUAACAUCAAGAGAUUGAAGGAUAUGGGCUCAUAUAGAGGCCGUCGACACGCCAUGGGACUACCUGUGCGAGGUCAACGAACGAGAACACAAACCGCAACCGCGAACAAGCUCAACCGCAUCAACCGAAAAGGUUGA